GUGAUUCUGCUCCAGCCGCUGCUCGUCUUCGCGCCGGCGUAGAUGGGACGCGGCGGGACGCAUCUACACCACGGAUGCAUCGCACUCUUCCUGGUAGCCCCCAUAGCCGUCUUGAAAUUUCAUUUCGGCCUCUCGUCGAUUCUGCUUCGAAAAAGUGCGGGCAUGUCACAUUCGUCGAUGCGAGAUUCGAAGAGGUGGAUUGUCGCAUCUCUUAUACUCGCCGGCACCGUCGCCUCAGCCGUUUAUUUCUAUACUGUGGCCGGUGCGCUGCUUGCACGCGAUGGCGACGUAUCGCUGGUCAGACUGUUUGUUCCGGCGAGUGGCUUCGCCGAUCCGAUCGAGUCUCUGUCGAAGACAAACGGGCUGCCUGCUGAGUAUGCCGCGCUGUUGGAGAAUCCUCACUUAUUUUCACAGUGGGACUGGGUUGUGGUCAGCCUCACGAGCAUAGUUUUUGCGGAUUUGCUUCUCUCACGUCGGGAUGGCGUCGAUAGAGGGAAGCUAGGGGAGGCCAACACGCCGACCUAGC